CAUACACACACAAGAAAAAUAAUCCAGAGAAAUGAAUAAAACAAUAAAAAUUAUCUAUGACUACAAAUACUACAGCAUAUGACAUGUUAAACCUAUAUGUUUGUCCCUAUCAAAUAAACAAACAAAACAGAAACAAACAAAAAUUAUUGUGUACAUCCAUUAAAUUCUACUAUUUUAAUGUGUCCCUGAUAGUAUUGUUUAAGUUUUACUAACAUAGUACUACUCUCUUAUCUAGAGUAAAGAUAAUCAUAGCAAUGAAGAGGACAAUACUGUACAGCGGUCGCCAGAGCCCAGCACCAGUGGCAUGAUGGGAAAGUUGAUCAUAUUUUUAUGACUAGUUGUACUUUUGGCCAUAUGAAAAAUAUGAGUUGUUUUUCUUAACUUUCUGUAGCUGCUGUCUAGUUGUAAUAAAUCUAUUACUCUUAUAAGUUCUGCUACCACUGGUAGUGCUAGGGCUAUUAUACUAACAACAUAACACAACUAUCCUAGCUCUAUUAUGAAUAUAUAUAUUUUACUGAUAGUUUGGUUUAUUGGUUUAUUAAAACAAUACUAACAAUACUAAUACUUUAUUUAGACUGAAGAUGAUCCAGCAACUGAUAGCAAAAACUAAGACCAGGAAGUCAGUGCCCUCUCUUCAAAAGUAGAUGUUUUUACAAGACCAAAGCCAGAAGAUUUAAACUGUUUCUUGAGUCAUCAUCUUCAGCAGAGAGCAGAGAAGGCUGUAGUGCAGAGAGCAUUUUCCAGCAAAGAUGGCACAAAUAGAAAAUGGCUUUAAUACUGUGAAGACAGACAAGCACUCUUCUGCUUUCUUUUUAUGGCAUUUGCUAAGCCUACUGAUAGCAGUUUGUUCAUCACUGGGAUGACAGACCUGAAACACAUGCAUCAGAGUGGAAGAACGUGAGAGGAGCAAUCUACACAGAGGUUGUGCAGAAGCAUAUUUCCUUAGGUCCUCAAAAUACGAUGUCGAGCACCUUCUCAUGGGACAUCAGAUGUUUCUUUGUAAAGUGCAGGUGCGCAAGAGACAUCAAAUGUUGGAGCUUAUCAUAAAUGUGGUGAACCUCAUUGGAAAAAGAGGUCUGGGCUCCAGAGGGUCACAGUCAGAGGCAGCAUACAUGCUUAAAGAUGACACAGUGGAUCAUGGCAACUUCUUAGAAAUGAUUGUGUUGCUUUCAAAAUAUGAUUUUUGCCUUAAGGAAGACCUUACUAUUUGCAUAAAAAAUAGUAAAAAAUUACACCAGUCUGGAUCCAGAGGUGGUAGAGGUUUUCUAGUUACUUUCCUGUCAAAAGCUACUAUCAACAACAUCAUUAAAACUAUCCAACACAUAAUGAAGACUACCAUCGCAAGUCAGGUCCAGGAAUCUGGGAUGUUUUCUGUUCAGAUUGACACCACACAGGACAUCACAUCCCAAGAUCAGUGCUCUGUCAUCAUAAGAUAUGUCACAGACAUUGUUCAUGAGAAACUUGUUGCUCUAAUUCAAUGCGAGUCAUCCACUGGACAGUAUUUUGUCAAAGUUGUGAGUGAGGUGCUGGCAAACAUGAACCUGGAUCUGAAGCAGUGCAUUGGAAACUCAACUGAUGGGGCGUCCAACAUGCAGGGCAAAUAUAAAGGCUUCUCCACACAUCUCUCAGAAAAGUCCCCUCAUCAAAUACAUGUGUGUUGUUAUUCACUCAUCCAUAACCUUAUUUUAGAAGAUACAACACAGUCUGUCUUAGAAAGUGGCUCUUUUUUUUUUCGCUCAUCAAUAAUAUUGCAGUUUUUAUCAGAGUCCUACCAGAGGAUGUCCAUUUGGGAGAAGGAGAAGAAGGACCCAAAACACAGACGUCUUGCACCAAUUGGGGAGACACGCUGGUGGCCAAAAGACAGUGCUUUGAACAAGUUUUUCAGGUUACCUCACCAGUCUCAAAAUAUCUACAGACAAGUGGCAUGGACAUCCUGACGUCUCAUAGGAUGACUGUGUCAGCAGAAACCCAGCUGAGCAGUCAGAGGAUUGUGAAGAUGAGGUGGCGAUGGUAAACACAAAGUGCUCAUCUUGCAAGGACUGUCCAUUGUGUUGCUACCAUAUGAUGAGGAAGUAUAACCUCCUGACAGAUGCAUACCACGUAAUCGGCCUUGCCUACAAUGUUCACCAGUCUUUACACUAUUAAGCAACUAUUCCAGACAAUUCUAAGUAUGAAAACAAUUAUAUAUUAAUUCUAAUCAAGGCCUAAGAUGAAAUGAUGUGUCAUUAUCUCUUCAAUAUUGUUUACAUGCAUAUUCUUUGUCUCCCACAUAUAUGUAAACAUAUUUGUUUCAUCGCCAUCAUCGCCAGCAUUCACCAACAUCAUCUGCCCCCCCAGCCCCUGGGGGGCCCAAUCAGGUAAUAAACUCCCGGGCCACUUUUUUGCCCCAGUCCGCCCCUGCCUCAGCUCCAUCUAAUACUAACUUUCUCCUUUCAGUGUUUGUCAUGAGCCCAGAAACCCUGAAGUUCUCUACCUUGUGUUUCUCAAUAAAUCACAAAAACACUUUCAAGCGUAUCUGUAAGUGUUGCUAGCACCAGAGCCGAACCCAACACAUCUAUGAUAGAACCACAAUUUUGAACAGCUCAAAACCUUUGCCACAAAUUCCAAAUGCCGCAAUAAUUGCAAGGACUUGCUAAGAAUGAAAAAGGGAAUUAGUUAUGAAUUCAGGAACUUAUUACAAUUCAACCAAGAAUCCUAAAAUUUUGGCAUUUAAACAAAAAACAUCUCAGGUGGAAACCUGAAAGUGGUACAAACAGCAUAAAUCUGUAAUAAUUCCUGGUUGCUUCAAUGGUCAACCUGCUGUUCAGGUUGUGACACACUGAACCAUCCUGAUGGAUCAUGAAAGAAAAGGAACAUAUUUUGAGCUACAGAAACACUGAAGAUUAAAUCAAACCAACAUUUCGUGAGAAGUGAAAAAAAGAUGUGAUCACUCUAAAGUGAAGAAUUAGCUGCUAAUUGUUUAAGAAAGGGUAUUGAUCAAGUCAGAUAUAAAAUUUUUGAUUUAAAAAAAUCUAAGCUAUAUGAAUUAUGGUGUACAAAUAUAACUAAAAACUAAAACAAAAUAUUGCUAUAUUUAGCAUUAGCUGCUAGUAUGAUUUAUUUCUACCUAACUUAUCUUUUUCUUUAGAUGAUGCCAAAUACAGCAGCUUAAGCUCAUAUUAAAUCAAAAACAGGCACAAAAUAAAAUGCUUUUGUUUGUGUUUAGGGAUAUUAUUGUGGUCUGUAUGUUAGGUUUCAGUUAGAGCCUACACAUUGGAGGGUUG